UUGUGACAAAAGACUGGGGACUAGUAACAAAGUCUAGUUUAAAUUUUACAUUUUUCAGUAAAAAUCAGUAAAAAUGGCUUUGUCCGUACCCAAAACGUCUUUCCAACACAUGCUCAAAGAUGGUGCAAAGCACCUUAAAGGACUUGACGAGGCUGUUUUUCGAAAUAUUGAUGCAUGCAAGCAACUAACAAAGAUUACAAAGUCAUCUUAUGGACCCAAUGGCCUUAACAAAAUGGUCAUCAAUCAACUCGAGAAAUUGUUUGUCACAAGUGAUGCUGCAACGGUAAUCAAAGAACUUGAGGUUCAACAUCCAGCUGCCAAAAUGCUUAUAUUGGCUUCUCAAAUGCAAGAACAAGAGGUUGGAGAUGGUACAAAUUUUGUCAUGGUAUUUGGUGGCGAAUUGCUCUCCAAGGCAGAAGAACUUUUAAGAAUGGGUCUGUCACCUCCCGAAAUCAUCGAGGGAUAUGAUAAAGCAUGCGAUAAAGCAUUAGAAAUUUUACCAAAUUUAUCGUGCUACACAAUAAAGAACAUCAGAGAUCAUGAUGAAGUAACCAAAACCCUGAAGUCUUCAGUUGCUAGCAAACAGUUUGGUAACGAAGAUUUGCUAUCGGAAUUAAUCACAAAAGCCUGUGUGCGAAUUUUACCCGAGUCAGGCCUGUUUAAUGUGGACAACGUGAGGGUUGUGAAAAUAUUGGGUUCUGGUGUGUCCAGUUCUCAUGUCGUACAAGGAAUGGUGUUCAAACGAGAGGUGGAAGGUAAUAUUGGCAAAGUUGAGAAUGCAAAGAUUGCCGUCUUCUCUUGUCCGCUCGACUCCAUGGGGACGGAAACCAAGGGAACGGUUCUGAUAAAGAGCGCAGAAGAGUUGAAGGCGUUCAGCCCUGGGGCAGAAAAUCUUCUCGAGAGUCAAAUCAAGAGUAUCGUCGACGCUGGCUGUAACGUUGUUGUAACUGGCGGGAAAGUAGGAGAUAUGGCUCUUCAUUUUUGCAAUAAAUAUAAUUUGAUGGUUGUGAGGUUGACCUCAAAAUGGGAACUACGACGUGUAUGCAAAGCCGUUGGAGCUGUGGCUUUGCCGAAAAUGACUCGUCCAACUGUUGAAGAAAUCGGUCGUUGUAAGAUUGUACAAGUUGAUGAAAUUGGCGAUACGUCGGUGAUUGUUUUUAAGCAAGAAAGUGCUGACGGCGCUAUCUCCACGAUCGUAAUCCGUGGUUCAACAGAUAGUAUAAUGGACGAUGUAGAGCGUGCCAUUGAUGAUGGAGUGAACACGUUUAAACAGCUUACGAGAGAUGGACGAUGUUUGCCUGGUGCAGGAGCUACGGAGAUCGAACUUGCACUACAACUCGCUACCUACGCUGAGACGUUUUCUGGUUUGGAACAAUACGCCAUUAAAAAAUUUGCUGAAGCUUUGGAAGUGUUUCCUAAAGUUUUGGCUGAAACUUCAGGUGUUAGCGGAAACGAAGUCAUAUCCAAAAUGUACGCUUCGCACAACGAUGGUUGUAAAAACUCCGGGUUUGACGUUGAGGCUGGUACUGCAAGUUUGAUCGACGUUUCUGAGGCUAGUAUUUUCGACACACUAGCUGUGAAACACAAUGCCAUAAAAAUGUCAUCUAAUGCAGCUGUUACGAUACUAAGAGUUGACCAGAUUAUCAUGGCGAAGCCUGCAGGUGGUCCCAAACCAAGGGCUGGAGGUAAUCGUGAUGAGGAUUAAAUCUUAUCGUUAUAGACAAAUGCAUUAGUUAGUGGAUAUUCUGCUUAAUAUCGCAGAAAUUGUCCAUCCUGAAGCUUCAUGAAUGAUAAUUUACACCGAUUUCGUAUUUUCCGUUGCUGUUCAUCUUCAAUUGAUAUUCCUUAUUCAAAUAUUCGCCAAAUGUUUGAAAAAUUACAAAAACGUCAACUUUCAA